CAAUCCAAUCCGCUGUCAGCUGUCAUGGCAUCUCUCGCCAAGCUGUCGGGGUUGCUCAGGCGGUUCAUCCGUGUUUACAUUGCGUGAUUCUCGUCGAUCGCGCUGGCCGUCGUGUUCGCCGCAGAGCCGGCGAAAGCGUCGACGCUUCGACAAUGCCCGAAUGGAGUGUCACCGGCUGGCGCGCCACGCACGUCGUCGCUUACGUGCUGGCGAUGGCGACCUCCAUCGCUGCGCUGGUCUGUUAUCGCAACAUGAACGCCAGGCUUCAUACCACGGUGGACAAGUGCCUGCUCUUCACGAAGCCCUGGAUCGAUGUUGACGCAUCGAGCGGCAAGUGCCAGAUCGACUACACUCGCAUCGAGUGGAGCAGCGACAAGCUGUGCAACUACGUGACCUUCGCGCUGCUCGCUUCGUUCGUGUACAGCAUCGUCGCCGUGUGGUUUUUCGUCAUGUGCGCGCCAAGCCGCGGGUCGCAGCUGAAUGAGAGGUGAGUUACGUACGAGUCGGUAAGCUCGUGCGUGGGCCCGACGCGACGGUCAACGCAUAACCAUGGUCAAGGACGUAGCAAGAAAAACUCGGGCGCUGGGUCGCGCAGCGAAAGCUUAUUUUGCGAGGGGCGGAAUAAGUAGGUUAUCCACGACAAAAAUAUAUCGAACUAACUAAAACAUAGAAAACACCGGAUGCAGCUGUGCAAAGAGUAAAUCCUCCUUCGAUGCCAUUAUGGUCUGGGUUGGGCCUGC